AUGUGGGUGAGGAAAGGAGUCAUCACUAUCAUAAACCUGAGCAACGAGUACUUCUUGGUGACGUUCACAAACGAUGAUGAUCGUAAUGCAGCUUUGAAAAAAUUUCAUUGGUUUGUUUAUGACCAUUAUCUUACUGUCAAGGAAUGGAGUCCCAAUUUUCACCAAGGCAGCGGUACUAUUGAAAAGGUGGAAGUGUGGGUUAGGAUUGCAGGAUUACCAAUUGAGUACUACGAUCCUCGAGUGUUGAAAUUCAUGGGUAAUAGGAUAAGGAAGAGUUUGAAAGUGGACAAGAAUACGUUGCUGCAGGGACGAGGGAAAUUUGCACGACUUUGUGUUGAGGUUGAUCUUUCCAAUCCAUUACUGGCUCAAUUCAAGAUAAAAGAUCGGAAGUAUAAGGUUGAAUACGAAAGUCUGCAUCUUUUGUGUGUUACAUGUGGUCGAUUCGGGCACUAUAAAGAAGGAUGUCUAGAGAAGAAUGCACUUUGGGAUAACAUGAAGUAUGAAGGAGUCAAGCAAAAUGCAAUUGGUGUCUCAAACUCUUGUGAUGGCCCUUGGACGGUGGUUCAGAAAAUCCGGAGAAGCAGGAAACACGUAUUGCAGACCAGCAGUAGAAUGAAGUCUCAGGCGAACGGAUAG